AUGAAACCAUCAGAUCGUUUCAGCUUCACGCGCCAGAACAAACUUUGUGACAAUUGUCUUAAGCACAAUCAUUUCUCUGCUCGAUGCACACUAAAUCGCCGGUGCAGUGUGCCUGGGUGCGGCAAGAAGCAUACCAAGUUCCUUCAUCUCUUGGAGGAUAGGCCUACAGCUGGCACACUGGCCACUGUCAGGCCAAGGGACAGGACACCGUCAUCAUCCUCUAGUUCAGGAGCCAGCAGGGAUCGAGGGACAACGCCUAGACCUGAUGCUGUGUCCGCACAAAACGCUACCGGUAGUGUUACGGGGGCCGGCAGCCCCAUAGCUCUCCCUGUGGCUCCUGUCAAGAUUAGGGCCAAAGGCGGGGCCGGUGGAGUUGUGACGACAUAUGCGCUGUUGGACACCGGGUCAACGAAUACGUUCUGUUGUGAUAGUCUGUUGGAUGAGCUGGCUGUCGAUGGAAAAGACUCGCUGUUGGCUUUGACGACCCUGGGGUCCAAGUGCCAGCAGGUGCCAACAAAGGUGGCUGCUUUGGAGGUCAUGGACAUGGACGAGAAAUGUUUAGUCCAGCUGCCUUUUGUGUAUUCAAGACCAGAACUUCCUGCUCCCAACGAGGCAGUUAUGGCACGGGAGGCUAGUGACAAGUGGCCUCACCUCAGGGAUUUGGAUUUGCCUCGUGUGGCGCCGACGUGUGUGAAAUUGCUAAUCGGCCAGGAUAUUCCUGAGGCCCUGUUGCCCAUGGAGGUCAGGCAGGGGAACCCUGGGGAGCCAUAUGCCACUAAGACGGCUCUGGGGUGGACCCUCAAUGGGCCCAUGGGUCAGCAGAGUCUGGGAAACGUGACGACAACAUGCAAUUUCAUAGCUGCCGAUCACAGGUUGGAGCGCCAACUUGAGAGAAUUUGGGAACUUGAAAGAUCAAGUGACGAUGAUAUUUUGGCACUGUCUGUGGAGGACAGGAGGGUGGUGCAAACGUGGACUGAUUCUGUUAGUCAGGUCGACGGACACUACCAAUUACCGAUACCGUUUAGAGACAGUAAUCCGCGACUAUCAAACAACGUUGUGAUGGCGAAACAUCGCUUGGACAGCCUUCAGCGAAAGUUUGAACGUGAUGAGGAGCUCUACCAGAACUACAAAACUGGUGUCGAGGAGCUUCUAAGCAACGGUUUUGCUGAAAGAGUGCCUGAAAGUGAAAUAUCGGGACCGCAGGGCAAAACCUGGUAUUUGCCCCACCACCAUGUUUCGAAUCCGAAUAAGGAUAAAAUCAGGAUCGUGUUUGACUGUUCAGCAUCCUACAAGGGAGACUCCCUCAACACUAAGGUGUUGCAAGGACCAGAUUUGACGAACAAACUCAUUGGUGUGCUAUUGCGAUUUAGAGAGCAGAACAUUGCAGUCAUGGCCGACAUCAAGGCGAUGUUUCAUCAAGUUUGGGUCGAACCCGAUGAUCGUGAUGCAUUACGCUUUCUCUGGUGGCCAGGAGGCGAUAUGUCUUUAGAACCAGUGCCAUAUCGCAUGUGCGUACACCUUUUUGGCGGCAUCUGGAGCCCCAGUGCUGCUAAUUUUGCUCUCAAGCAAACCGCUUCAGAUCAUAUUGAGGCUUUCGAUGAUAUGACAAUUCAGAGUGUGGUGAAAAGAUUGUAUGUGGAUGACCUAUGCAAGUCUGUCAUUGAUACUGAGGUGGCCAUCAGACUUGCAGACCAGCUUUGCCGUCUUUUACAGCUUGGAGGCUUCAGGCUGACUAAGUGGGUCAGCAAUGACAGAGAGGUAAUCGCGUCGCUGCCACUAGAGGAAAGGGCACCAAAGGUGAAAGAUUUGGAUCUGGACAAUUCGAAUUUGCCGAUGGAACGUGUUCUUGGGGUCUCCUGGGACCCAGAGACGGACUCCCUGGGAGUCAAUGCCAAGAUAAUGGACAAGCCGCUUACUAGACGUGGUUUACUUAGUGAUGUCAGUAGCGUAUAUGACCCUAUGGGCAUUGUCAGCCCAUUUGUCAUGCCCGCUAAGUGUCUGAUUCAGGAGUUGUGUCGAAGGGGCGCUGGAUGGGAUGAACCGCUUUUGGAGCAUGAGGAGCUUGAAUGGAACACCUGGCGAAGUGGUGUGGAGAAGCUCAAGCUGUUCUCGGUAAACAGAUGUUUCCAUCCGUGUGAUUUUGGUGAUGCCACCGCUACCGAGCUUCACCACUUCUCCGAUGCAAGUGAAAGGGCCUAUGGCUCUGUGGCAUAUCUGAAGCAAACAAAUCGAGAAGGAAAAAUUCAUGUCACCAUAGUAUUUGCCAAGUCUAAGGUGGCGCCAUUGGCAAAUGUUACUAUUCCGCGCUUGGAAUUGCUCGCUGCAGUUGAGGCUGUCAAGAUUGAUCAACUGUUGCGACGGGAACUUGACAUUCAGAUAAAGUCAACAACGUUCUGGACCGACAGCACGUUGGUUCUACAGUUCAUAAACAAUGAAUCAAAACCAUUAAAGACAUUUGUGGCUAACCGUGUCACAUACAUCCGUUCAUAUACCUCCCCAUCACAGUGGAGGCAUGUUGAGACUGAUAAAAACCCUGGGGAUGAUGUUUCACGUGGCUUGACUGCAGAUCAGAUGUUGUCUUCAAAGAGGUGGGUCUCAGGGCCAGAUUUCGUGUGGAGUGACAUUGAGAAAACCGAUACGGGGAUCCCCCCUCUCUCUGAAAACUGUGAGGUCAAGAAAGCCCGAGUAUUUAGUACAAAUGCCAACACCAACCCAGAAAUGUGUGUGGAUGGUCUCAUAGAAUACUAUUCAUCAUGGAAUAGGUUGCGGCGUGCUGCUGCCUGGUUCCUCCGUUUAAAGGGGCUGUUGAGAUCCAAAGUGAAAAAGGAUGCAAAGCCAGUGCCCAGUGGCAGUCUCACGGUGGAGGAAAUCGAACAGGCCGAGGUCUCGCUCGUUCAGUAUGUUCAGAAACGCGCAUAUUCAGCCGAGCUGCGUGAUCUCGAAAAUGGACAACAAUGUGUCAAAAAAUCCAGCUGCAUUUACUCGCUUGAGCCAUUGCUCGAUGACUCUGGAGUCCUGUGUGUGGGUGGUAGGCUACAGAAUGCCCCCAUCCCUGCUCGUCAGAAACACCAGUAUAUCAUUCCGACAAGUUCGCAUUUGGCGACUUUAUUAGUGAGACAUUAUCAUGAGGUUUCAGGACAUUCAGGCAGGGAGUACGUUUUGUCCUUGACACGACAGAAAUUUUGGCUGCCAAAACCUAGGAAUCUUCUGCAGGUGGUGCUUUUCGAUUGCCCUCACUGUCGGAGAAAGAAAGCUCGCUUGAUGAAACAGAGGAUGGCAAACCUUCCACUGGACCGCGUUGUACCGUAUGAACCUCCGUUUUCGAAUGUGGGAUGUGAUUGUUUUGGACCCUUUAUGGUGAAAAGGGCCCGAUCAGAUGUGAAGCGCUAUGGUUGUAUAUUCACGUGUCAUGUCACACGUGCCAUUCACAUUGAAAUUCUGCUUUCAAUGGACACUGAUUCGUUGAUAAACGGGCUUAGGCGCUUUACAGCUCGUCGCGGGAACCCCGCGAGAAUCAGAUCUGACAAUGGGACAAAUUUUACCGGAGGAGACAAUGAACUGAGAAAAUCCAUUAGUGAGUGGAAUCAAUCCACUACAGACAAAUUCCUUGCUCAAAAGGGAAUUCAGUGGGUGUACAAUCCUGCAGCUGCCAGCCAUUUCGGAGGCUGCUGGGAGCGGCUUAUCCGGAGUGUCCGUGCUACGCUGAUUUCCGUCAUGAGCAUGCCAUCAGUUAGGGGACAGUCCCUCGGUGAUGAGGAACUCUCUACUUUCAUGUGCGAGGUUGAAGCUAUUGUAAAUGGGAGGCCCAUCACAAUUGUUUCGGAUGAUGUGCGCGAUAUGGAGCCGCUAACUCCUAAUCAUCUAUUGUUGAUGAGAUCAGGAGCGACACUGCCACCUGGUGUUUUCGUUGAUCGAGACAUGUAUCGCCGCAAAUGGAAGCAGGCCCAGUAUUUGGCCAACAUAUUCUGGGAACGGUGGGUGAAAGAAUAUUUGCCCACACUACAGAAGCGCACUAAAUGGAUCGAAUCAAGUGACAAUUUGAAAGUUGGUGACGUUGUCUUGGUUCUGGAUGAGUCGACUCCGAGGAAUCUGUGGCCAUUGGCCCGCGUCGUCGAGAUCUUCCCAGGAAAGGAUGGUCUCGUUCGGUCCGCCUGCGUUAAGACCAGGAUCAGCACACUGACACGUCCUAUCCACAAACUGAGUUUGUUAGAAUCCAGUGUUGCUGAGCUGGAGGACAAUGAUUGA